AUGGGUAGCAGAAAUUUUUUUCCGGAAAUAUGGGCAGAUGACGAUCAAAUGGCUGGAUUGAUGUCUAUGAUUAAGUCAAGAGAAGUCAAUCCAAAUGAUCAUGAUCGAAAAAUAAAGUUUUGGUCCGAAAUGAUAGCAAAAUUAUGUAAUCACGAAAAAAAUGCUGUUUUCACUGUUGAUGAAUUGAAGCGACAUUUUCGUCGUGGUGAUCAAUUACCGGGUUCACUCGAAGUUGUCAUUCAACAUAUGUUAGACACUGGUGAAGUGGUAACUUUAGAUGUUUACAACGCUCGCAAUGCUGGUUGGUUGCAACGAGGUUACAAGACCUUUUUUGGGAGUUUAUGGGGUGCAAGCAGUUUUUCCAGUGUUCAGUAUGUGCAUCUUCCUACUAUUAAAAAACAAGCUGAUUCUAUGUUGGAGUUUUUCCACAGUGAAUAUGCUAUUGAUGAUGAUAUGCUGCCCGAAAUCGUAGACUCGGCUGAAUUUUUCUCAGAGUGCAAAAAUUUGAUUGCGAACAAGGAGGCAUACAAUGUAGCUCUAGCAGAACUUGUUAAUCGAGGCGAAGUAACAAGGGGUUCUUCGAAAAUGGGAGAAGAAAUUCUCAAAUUUCGUGACAAUGCGGCUCUUGGUCCCAUAAAAUGGACUGAAUCUGAUGCUGGGGUUCACGACAUGAGACGUGCGAUGAGCAAAGCUGAGCAAGAUGCUCGCUUUUAUGUACGGAAAGGUGACAAAAAUCAUGCUGCACACUACUUGCGUCUAAAGAAAAGAGCGUUGAGAGAGAUCGAAGCUAAAGAUCACCAGUAUCAAAGACUUUUAGAUAUGAUGCAUCAACUUGGUCGCACCAAACAAAACAAGCAAAUUUUGGAUGCUUACAGAGCUGGAGCUGAUGCUUUUAGAACUACUUUGCAAAGGCAGGGUAUUUCUCCCGAAGAGGUUGAUGAAACUAUGGACAGUAUUGGUGAUGCGAUGGCAACUGCUGAGGAAAUUCAAGAUGCUAUCGCAGCUGGUGUACAAGUUCCAGUUUCUAGUGAUCUUGAUCAUGAUUUAGAAGCAGAACUCAAUGCUAUUCUUGCUGAAGGCAAUGGCGAAAUUGAAUCCAAGUUAAAAACUCUACCAAAUAUACCAGGAGAUGAUGCUGUUCCAGUAAGCCCUGUGUCAAACACCCAUGUAAAUAUCGAUGAUUCGAUCGCUUCACGUCUUAGAAAGUUGCGAGAAGCUGCUUGA